UGACCGUGGACGAGUUCAUGUUGUAUGACUUUUGCGCACAUUUAAUCUGGUUUCCCUCCCGCAGACUUGUGGAACUCAAACGAAUGCCGCUUCACGAGAUGUUCUCAGUUGCGCAACUUGAAGGCACGUUUUCUUCUCCCAAAUAGAGGCACAGAGACGAGUUUUGGAGAGACACAGACACGGCUGCCGUUCAUGCAUUACGAGAAACUACGUGGGAAUUAAUCAAUAGGCUACAUUUCACCGGAGCGCGCGAUGUCGGCUGUGUUCAUCAUGAUGUGCUCAUUCUCGGUUCUGCGCGUGCCGGUUGCGGCGGAUUUACAGCACGCGCUAAACUGCAGCCGGGUUAAAGACGCGCUGACUUUAAUGGGUUUAAGUGCUACCGACGUGCCCACCGAAGAAAAAUCAGGAGAGGAUUUGCGCGUGUGCGCUUUACAGAGAACGUGCUGUAACGCAGAAAUGGAGGAGAACUUCAUCCAGAGGAGCACACGAGACUUUGAGAAACUCAUGGAGGACGCGAGUGAAGACCUGAGGAACACCUUCAUGACCAGACAUAAAAGGUUUGAUGGUUUCUUCUUGGAGUUGCUGGAGAACACGGAGCGAUCUCUGAAUGAGAUGUUCAUACGUACAUACGGCAAACCGUACGUGCAGAACGCUGAGGUCUUCCAGGCUCUUUUCACAGAGCUGAAGCGAUACUACACAGGUGGCAACGUCAAUCUGGAGGAGAUGCUGAAUGACUUCUGGACGCAUCUUCUGGAACGCAUGUUCCAGCUCCUCAACUCCCAGUAUCUCAUCACUGAAGAAUAUCUGGAAUGUAUCAGCAAGUACACGGAGCAGCUGAAGCCCUUUGGAGACGUUCCCAAGAAGCUCAAGUCUCAGGUUACGAGAGCGUUCAUCGCGGCACGCACCUUCGUCCAGGGACUUAUGGUCGGACGUGAAGUGGCUAACAGGGUGUCCAAGGUUUCCUUGAGCUCUUCGUGCGUCAGUGGUUUCACCAGAAUGCUCUUCUGUUCUUACUGUCAAGAGCUGUUCACGAUGAAGCCCUGUAAGAACUACUGUCUCAAUGUUCUGAAGCUGUCUCGCCAACCAGGCCGAUUUCGACCCGAAUGGAACAAAUACAUCGAUGCCAUGUUGCUGUUGACGGAGCGACUGGAGGGACCCUUCAACAUCGAGUCAGUCAUGGAGCCGAUAGAUGUGAAGAUAUCAGAGGCCAUCAUGUAUAUGCAGGAGAACAGCAUGCAGCUCUCCCAUCAAGUUUUCCAAGGCUGUGGACAACCAAAGCCUUCUGGAAUAAGCAGAGCAGCCCGCGGCGUCCCUGACACAUUCAGCAGCCGCUUUAGCCCAUACAACCCCGAGGAACUUCCGACCACCUCAGCUGGCACUCGCCUCGACCGCCUGGUGAGUGACAUGAAGGAGAAUCUGAGGCAGUUCAGGAAGUUCUGGUCGUCACUCCCGGAGUCCGUAUGUCAGGAGGAACAUGUGGCGGCGGCGGGAGAUGGCGUUGAGGGUGACUGCUGGAACGGCAUUUCUAAGGGCAGAUACGUCCCUGAGGUUCUGACACAUGGACUGACCCAUCAAAUGAAUAAUCCAGAGGUCGGGGUUGAUAUAACCAGACCGGACGCUCUGAUUCGACAGCAGAUUAUGGCUUUAAGAGUGAUGACCAACAAACUGAAGAAUGCAUAUCAUGGGAAUGACAUCUACUUUCAGGAUUCAAAUGAAGAGAGCAGUGGUUCGGGCAGUGGCAGCGGUUGCACGGAGACUUCUACAGAAUCAAACUCCAUCGUCACCGAAGCUCCGUUUCAGGAAGCCGAGAAGAGCGACGAAGCAUCAUCGUCCGCUUCGACCAUCCGCCCCGCCAUACUGCUGCUCCUCACGGCUCUGGUCCUGAAAGACCCUUGGAGAUAGAGUCUGCUGAGCUUCAAGACUGAUGCUGUUUAUUAUGGUCCCAGUCCAACUGGACCACUGAACUGGGCGGUUCUUGUUUCAAUGAUCCCUCAGCGGUCAAUGGAAUCAACUCACAAUUCUGUACUUUUUGAUUUCAGAUUUCUUUCUAAAUUUGCAGGAUUUAAUUCCUUGAAGCAUUUCAUAAGCCGUGCUCCUGCAUAAUAUAUGUGGGAACAUUUGCACAGUUUUGGGGGAACGUUUCUAUAGAUUGUAAAAAAAAUAAGAAGAGCAAUCCAUGGAAAUAAAUGUAGAUUUGUGGUAUUUUGAUGUAUCAUUUUUAUUUUAUUUAGUUUUGUUCCUAACUGGAUCAGAGGUUAAUAUGUAAUAAGUAUGUUCAGCAUACAAUCAGUGUUUCGGGAAACCAAACUUGGUCUUUUUGGUCUUAACGCCCACAUAUUAGCAAAGUCUGUCAAUAUAUGUUGUCUGAAAGUGUUUAUGUAUGAACGCUUUUGCUUUUUGGUCCUUUGUGAAAGUCGUCCAUAUCAGUAUUUUGUGUAGCACUGAGCUUUUAUCUUCGGCCUAGUCCACGCUAAUACGUUUUCGUUUGAUAACGCAUCUUUUUCUCUCCGUUUUGGCCUUCCGUCCCCACUGAAACUGCGUUUUUGCCCACAAAACUGAGCUUUUUGAAAACGCACUCCAACGUGGAUACAUUUGAAAAUGCUGUUUUCGCGUACGUGUCUCACUGGAACCUCCAUUUUUGUUUAAAGAAAAUGAGGGACGAGUUGCAUUUAAUUUUGUGGUAAUCAACAUCAUGCCACAAAUGCUGUCAAUUGAUCUACUGUUGAAGUUUAUAAGUUGUAUAUUUUAUAAAUAUUGCAAUUGUGAAAACGGAAGCUUGAUGAACGAUGACGCAUUUAUAUUCAUGUGAUCUAUCCAACCAAAACAAUCAAGAUGGCGGCCCUUGUGAUGGCGGCGCUGUUGUGCCUGAUACUCACUUUGAUAGCGUUGUUAAAAAUUAAACGUAACUUUGUACAACCUUCACAUUGCGUUCCUUCAAAGGCGAAGGUAAGUCUACGCGGAAUUGGUGUCCGGUAACGGAACACGAGGACAAUUUCGUUUCAGACCGUACAUGCCGCGGGGAUUUCCCGCAUGCGCAGUGACACGAUUUAAGCGUUGUCAUACGUUAUAGUGUGGACGGAAAGCGUUUUGAAACGAAAACGCCGUUUUCAAAUGUAUCCGUAUUAAUGUAGACGUAGCCCAGAACUAUUACUCUGUAAUUAUGAGUACUAUGAGUGUUAUAAAAUAAUUUUAUAUUUAGAAAGUUGUAAUGCUGCCUAAUUGCUCAGUUCCUCUGUGCAGAUCCUGCAAGGUGUGUAUUUACUGUUUUUUUCCCCCCAGAUUUUUAUGAGAAUGUAUUGGGAGCACUUUGUGCAAUCCAGACAUCCCAAGUCUCCCGGAAGUUCCGGGAGUCUCCCGCGUAUUGAUAGAGGCUCCCUGAUGCCCGCAAAUUAGUUAAAAUCUCCCGGAAUCAAGAGCGAGCGAGCAAGAGCGGUUACACUGUGCUCCAAACCGUGUAGCGCGCACGGCAGAGAGGGAGAGAGCGAGAGACCUUGUGUGUGUGUGUGCGUGCGUGUGCGCAUCAAGAAGUGCAUGUAAGACAGAGAGCAUCCUGAUUGGCCUGUUUCGGUAAGUCAACCAAUCAAUUGUCAGUGUGGGCGGGCUUUUAUCUCUUCUCCCGAACCUAAUUAAUCAGUUCAGUGUAUCUAGACACUGGAACGCCAUGGCAGAGGGAGAGUGCCCCAAAAAGCGAAAAUAUAAGACACAUUUUACGCCAGACUACACGAAACUGUACCCCUGUCUAAUAACAGUGAAACAUAAUGACAGUCUUGCACUCUGUACAGUUUGUAACAGUGACUUCAGCAUUGCCCAUGGCGGGUUAAAUGAUUGUAAAAGACAUGUUGACAAUGACAUGUUUCAUUUCAUGUGCAUAUUAUUCAGGCCGGCUAGUUACCUAGGCUACAUGAAAACAAUAAACUCCUUAGACCUGUUUAAAGUUGCAAUGGAAUAUAAAUAAAAGCAGUUUACAUAAAUAGUAUAAGCAGUUUAUAUUAAAAGUAAUCUACAUAAUUAACAAAUAAUUGCAUAGGCCUAUAGCCUAAAGAAAUUAUAUAUUAUGCUUUUAUAUCUUUUUGGGGGGGGGUCCGGGAUACCUCCCUGAAAUGACUUUUUGCAGGUUGGGAUGCCUGGCAAUGAUAUGUUUCUUUUUUAAUUAGAGAUUUUUAUUUUUUUUUUAAAUAAUAAAAAAUAUCUGUAUAACAAAAGUGAAAGCAAGGUUGCAUUUACCAAUACAUAUCAAUACUAUUAUGUUUGAACUCCCAUCCUCACCUCAACUUACGGAAUAAAAAACUAUUUUAAAAGUUUAAUGAAUUCUGAGUUUUGUCCUGAUGGUGGGUUUAACAAAAAAAAAAAAAGAAAGUCUUGGAGGAAUAUUCCGGGUUCAAUACAAGUUAGGCUCAAUCGACAGCAUUUGUGGAAUAAUUUUGAUCAUUUCGACUCGUCCCUCCUUUUAUUUCAAUGGAAGUCAAUGGGGGGCAAGCUGUAAACCUUAAAAUACUCUGUUUCAAAGUAUAGCCACAAGACAUGAACAACACGUGUGUUAACAUGAUUUUACUGUGAUGAAAUCACUUACUGACCACAUCUGUGUAAAGAUAUAGCCAAUUUUACAACUUGGUUGCCAUGAUGAUGUAACUAUUCAGCAAAAACUUUGAUUAAAGCAACUUUACAGCUCAAAAUAACGCACAAGUUUGAACAGAAGAAUUAAUGUAAGUGCUUUUAUAAUAUUAUAAGCAUCACAUUUCUGCCGUUAAACCCUCUUAAAAAAAUUGCCCCCAUUGACUUCCAUUGUAAGAGUAAAUUUAGAUGUUCACCUGCAUUGGUAAUUAUUGUGAAAUGCUCAAUUCAGAUUAGUUCUGUACAUAAUUGCUUUUGUAUUUGACAGUUUUCAGGCAUUAUUGAAAGUUUUAAAAUGGUGUGUGUAUAUGUAUAUAUUAUGUGGGCUAACAGGAACACCGAACACAAGAUGAUCCAUAUUAAGAAUGUAAAUGCUAGUCAGGGUGUAUGAUUAAUUGUGUUACUUGUUUAUUGAUCACUAUAAAGUAACGUGUAAAAUUGACAGCC